GGGCCCUCGCUGUUGGCUUGAUCAAACUAGUGUAAAAGCCAAGAACAAUCCUCGUUCCUAACUUGAGCGCGAAGAAGAGUAUAGACCAUUGGGAAAGCCGGAACAGAAGCGAGAGGGAAGAAAUGGCGGAAUCGUCAACGUCAACAUCAGUGCUGGCAGCGAAGUCUGAUGCUGAGAUUGAAGAACUGCUUGAUCGAAUGCUAACUCGUUUGGCUCUUUGUGAUGAUUCCAAACUCGAACCUUUGCUUUCCAAGCUUCUUCCUCUCUGCAUCUCCUCCCUAUCGUCUCAAUCCCAAGCUGUUCGGAACAAGGUUCUUGAGAUUUUGAGUCAUGUGAACAAAAGAGUAAAACUUCAGCCUGACAUUGGUUUACCUUUAUUGGAGUUAUGGAAACUUUACUCAGAAUCUAGUGGUGCUCCCAUGAUAAGGAAUUUUUGUAUUGUGUAUAUAGAGAUGGCGUUUCAACGUGUAGAUGCAAAGGAAAAAGAGAAUUUGGCGCCUGUUCUCUUGGUGAACAUCUCAAAACUUCCUCUUCAACACCAGGAAAUCAUACUAAGAAUCAUUGUUAAGGUAGUUGGUGAAUGCCACUCAAGUCAAAUUAGUGACGAAGUUGCUGCAAAGUAUAGAUUAGUGACUGAUCCACAUGACAGGGAGCUGUUUAUUGAGUUUUUUACUCACACAAUGUUGUACCAGCAGGUUACUCAGAGUGGUGGUUUCCCUUCUGGACUUUCAGUUUCUCAAGCCAAUCGUGUUACAGGGAAACAACAGUUGCCAAGUGAUAAACUUCUGCUUGGAAAGUUGGGUAUUUUGAAUGUCAUCCAAGCCAUGGAGCUGGCCGCUGAGCUUGUAUAUCCCUUAUAUAUUGCUGCCUCUGUUGAUUGCGAAGAGUCUGUUAUUAAAAAAGGCGAGGAGCUUUUGAAGAAGAAGGCCAAUGGUGUUAAUUUAGAUGAUCAAAAUCUGAUCAACAGGCUAUUUUUACUAUUUAAUGGCACUGUUGGAGUUGAAAAUGUUGAUCCAGAAUCAAGAGUCAAUCCUGGGAGCCCUGCACUAAAAGCAAAAUUAAUGUCCGUCUUCUGUCGGUCCAUUGCAGCAGCUAAUACUUUCCCAUCCACCUUGCAAUGCAUUUUUGGUUGCAUUUAUGGCAGCGGAACCACAUCAAGGUUGAAGCAGCUUGGAAUGGAAUUUACAGUAUGGGUAUUUAAGCAUGCAAAAAUUGAUCAGCUUAGGUUAAUGAGUCCUGUUAUUCUGAAUGGAAUUCUGAAGUCCCUUGACAGCUAUUCAAGUUUAGAUGCAGAUGCUAGUGCUCGGGAGGUCAAAACAUAUGCUUUUCAGGCAAUUGGGUUGGUUGCACAGCGCAUGCCUCAUCUUUUCAGGGAAAAGAUUGACAUGGCUGUUCGUCUUUUCCAUGCAUUGCAAGUUGAAUCCCAGUCUCUUCGAUUUGUUAUUCAAGAAGCUACGAUUUCUCUUGCUGCAGCUUACAAAGGAGCCCCAUUAACAGUGUUACAAGAUUUGGAGGCGCUUCUGCUGAAAAAUUCUCAAGUGGCUGAAAGUGAAGUGCGGUAUUGUUCUAUUAGAUGGGCCACGUCAUUGUUUGACUUUCAGCAUUGUCCAAGUCGUUUUUUAUGUAUGCUUGCAGUGGAAGAUACAAAACUGGAUAUUAGGGAAAUUGCUCUUGAAGGGCUUUGUCUUCUUAAAGGUGAUGGUCAAAUUUCUGGCACUCAGUACCCAAAACUUGGAUCUAUGCUUGAUUAUAUUCUUAAACACCAGCCAAAGUUGUUAGAGUCCAGCCAAAUGAGAGAACAUAGCCUUCUUUUUCCUUCAAGUUCAUAUGUGGCCAUGAUUAAAUUUUUGUUGAAGUGCUUUGAAUUGGAGUUCGAACAGAACAGUGCUUUAUCAUCUGAGUUUCUGUCCUCAGUAGAGAAAUUCUGUUUACUGCUGGAACAUUCUAUGGCAAUUGAAGGGUCUGUUGAGUUGCAUGUCAAUGCUUCCAAGGCUCUGCUUGCAAUUGGAUCAAAUAUGCCAGAGAUGGUAGCUUCAAAUUAUGCACAAAAAGUUUCAUGGAUUAAGCAACUACUGAGUCAUGUGGAUACAGACACUCGUGAAUCCAUUGCUCGUUUACUUGGAAUUGUGUCUUCUGCUCUUCCUUUGCCUGCAUUAUCUGGUGUUAUUUCUGAGUUGACUUCAUCAAUCAGUAGGACACAUAAGUCAAGGUUUGAGACUCAGCAUGGCUCGUUAUGUGCAAUAGGAUAUGUAACUGCAGAUUGUUUGACUAGAACACCAUCAAUCUCUGAAAUUUUGUGCCAGAAUACGCUUAGAUGUCUUGUUGAUGUGGUUAUUUCUGAAACCUCUACGCUGGCUGCUGUGGCAAUGCAAGCACUAGGUCACAUUGGACUGCGUGUUUCAUUGCCUCCACUUGUUAAUGAUUCUAGUUCAGAUAACAUUCUGAUAAUUGUGCGUGACAAAUUGAGCAAGCUUCUUGUCGGAGAUGACAUUGAAGCGAUACAGAAGAUUCUUAUAUCUAUCGGACAUAUAUGUGUGAAAGAAACAUCACCUAAUCAACUUGAUGUAGCACUCAAUCUUAUUUUCAGCGUUUGUCGAUCCAAGGCUGAGGACAUACUUUUUGCUGCUGGGGGCUUAUCAUUUUUGUGGGGCGGUGUUCCUGUGAAUGCUGAUAUAAUUCUAAAAACUAACUAUUCUUCGCUAUCUAUGGCUUCAAACUUUCUCAUGAGAGAUUUGGAGUCUUCUAAGUUAAAGCAGUUUCCUAUUGAACAAACAGAAGUCAUUGAAGAUUUUCAUGCCUCUACAAGAGAUGCAAUUACCAAGAAGCUCUUUGACGAUCUUCUAUACAGUAGUAGGAAAGAAGAGCGAUGUGCUGGAACUGUGUGGCUUUUAUCGCUUACAAUGUAUUGUGGACAUCAUCCUACUAUUCAGCAGAUGCUUCCAGAAAUUCAGGAGGCUUUCUCUCACCUUCUUGGUGAGCAAAAUGAACUCACCCAAGAACUGGCCUCCCAAGGCAUGAGUAUUGUGUAUGAGCUUGGUGAUGCAUCUAUGAAAAAAAAUUUAGUGAAUGCACUUGUGAACACUUUGACUGGCUCUGGGAAGCGGAAGAGAGCCAUCAAACUUGGGGAAGACACAGAAGUAUUUCAAGGUGGAGCUCUUGGUGAAAGCAUUAACGGAGGGAAACUGAACACUUACAAAGAGUUGUGCGGAUUAGCAAAUGAGAUGGGUCAACCAGACUUAAUUUAUAAGUUCAUGGAUUUAGCUAAUUAUCAAUCUUCCCUAAAUUCUAAGAGGGGUGCUGCUUUUGGCUUCUCUAAGAUAGCAAAACAAGCAGGGGAUGCCCUUAAGCCACAUUUACAUUUAUUGAUUCCAAGGCUUGUACGCUACCAAUUUGAUCCUGAUAAAAAUGUGCAGGAUGCUAUGGCAAAUAUAUGGAAAUCACUAGUGGCCGACUCAAAGAAAACCAUUGAUGAAAACUUAGAUCUCAUCAUGGAUGAUUUACUUCAUCAAUGUGGAUCUAGGCUUUGGCGCUCACGUGAGGCAUCGUGUCUUGCCCUUGCAGAUAUUAUCCAAGGACGAAAAUUUCAUGAGGUUGGAAUGCAUCUAAAAAGAUUAUGGUCUGCAGCAUUUCGUGCCAUGGAUGAUAUAAAGGAGACCAUCAGAAUUUCUGGAGAAAAAUUAUGCCGCGCUGUAACUACGUUAACAACAAGGCUUUGUGAUGUUUCUCUAACUGAUAUGACAGAUACUCGCCAAGCCAUGGAUAUUGUUUUACCUUUUCUUCUUGCAGAAGGCAUAUUAAGUAAAGUUGAUAGUGUUCGGAAGGCAUCAAUUGCUGUUGUAAUGAAGCUUACAAAGCAUGCUGGAAUUGCAAUUCGUCCACAUUUGUCUGCAUUAGUGUGCUGCAUGCUUGAAAGUUUAUCAAGCCUAGAAGACCAAGGACUCAAUUAUGUAGAGCGUCACGCGGAAAAUGUGGGAAUUGAGACAGAGAAGCUUGAAAGUUUGAGAAUUUCCAUCGCCAAAGGCUCUCCUAUGUGGGAGACUUUGGAUUCAUGUAUAAAAGUUGCUGAUGCAGAAUCUCUGGGUGCUCUGAUACCGGCACUUGCUCAUUUAGUGAGAUCUGGAGUUGGCCUCAAUACUAGGGUUGGUGUGGCCAACUUCAUUACAUUAUUGCUCGAAAGGAUUGGUGCAGACAUGAAGCCAUAUGCUAACAUGCUUGUAAGAUUAUUGUUUCCUGUUGUUAAGGAGGAAAAAAGCAAUUCUGCAAAACGUGCCUUCGCUGGUGCCUGUGCGAAAGUAUUAAACUAUGUAGCAACCUCUCAAGCGCAAAAACUAAUUGAAGACACUGCAGCUCUGCAUGCUGGCGACAGAAAUUCUCAAAUUGCAUGCGCAUUUCUCUUGAAGAGCUAUUCAUCCAUGGCAUCAGAUGUUGUCUGCGGAUACCUUGCGGUCAUAAUUCCAGUUGUUUUUGUUUCAAGGUUUGAAGAUGACAAACAUGUUUCAAGACUUUUCGAAGAAAUAUGGGAAGAAUAUACCAGUGGAGAACGAGUCACCCUCCAAUUAUACUUGGGAGAAAUUGUUUCACUUAUUUGUGAACGUAUUUCAUCAUCAUCAUGGGCAAGUAAAAGAAAGUCUGCACAGGCUAUUUGCAGGCUUAGUGAAGUUUUGGGUGAAACUCUUUCUUCUCACCAUGAAGUUCUGCUUAACUCUCUCAUGAAGGAAAUUCCUGGUCGUUUAUGGGAGGGAAAGGAUGUCUUGUUGCUAGCGUUAGGUGCUCUAUCUGCAUCCUGCCAUAAAGCAAUUUCUGCUGAAGGCCCCUCCUCUUCUGCUGCCAUUCUGAAGAUAGUUUCAUCUGCAUGCACUAGGAAGGGAAAGAAAUACCGUGAAGCAGCUUUCUCCUCUCUCGAUCAGGUUAUAAAGGCCUUUGGCAAUUCAGAAUUCUUUAUUAUGGUUUUUCCUUUGUUAUUUGAUUUAUGCAAUUCAGACCUCAACAAGUCUCUGCCAACACCUUCAAUCAACGACGCUGCUGAAGCAGAUUCGGACGUUGCUGAAAGUGGUUUUGUUCCUCACAACAAAGUGGUAGACUGUUUGACAUCUUGCAUUCAUGUGGCACAUUUGAAUGAUAUUCUUGAACAACAAAAGCGCUUAAUACACAUGUACUCUAUAUUCCUCUCACCAGGGCAUCAAUGGAAUGUCAAAACUGCGGCCUUUUUAUCUAUCAAAGAACUAUGCUCAAGACUCAAAAAUGCCAUGAAGGAUUCCCAUGAAACUUCCGAACUUGCUGGUGUAACUACAUUCGUUCAGGAGAUGUUUGAUGUCAUAUCCCCAAAAAUACUUGAGUGCAUUAGCACAAUAAAGAUUGCACAGGUUCAUAUAUCUGCCUCAGAAUGUCUCCUGGAAAUGCUCGAACUUUUCAUGGACCAGCCUCAAGUCAGUGCCAUCAAUGAAGGAUUUGAAGGUGAACUUCGUCAUCUCCAUGAGUUUGAGAAGAAUGGGGAGGCAAAGUUGCUGUUGAAAAAGUGUAUUGACGUUGUUGAAGACAGGAAACAUUAAUGUCACAGAAAAAUUCCUCUCAUACAUGAAUUUCUGUUGACAAAUUAGGUUAGAACUUAAUGUCAUUGGUGGACAUUUGUGGGAGAAUUAUUUAUGUCAAAAUUUACAUUUUUGGAUAAAAGUUGCAAAAUUUAUAAUUAA